CUAUAUUUUAUAUUUUAAUUAUUUCUAUAUUAUGUUUUGUAUAUAUAAUAUCACACUCACUCUUUAAAAAUCUCAUCUCAUAGCCAUUAAUUCUUUCUUGGGUGAUUCAUUUCACAUCCAAAUUCCAAAUUCCAAAAUCUCACAGGCACACACAAAUCUUGUGGGUUUAGAUAUAUAUAUAUAUAUAUAGAAUAUUCAUAAACUACAUGGAGGCGCCGGAGUUUUCUCACGGCCGUAUUUUGCCGGCAGAGCUAAGGAGGAAGAUCACGGCGAAGCUUCUCCCUGGGCAAGACUCAGCAGCUCACCUUCAGACUCUUCUACAGUCAGCCGCCGCCACGGAGCAGGACAAGCGAGCUCUUGCCACCAAGAUCUUGACUUCCAUCACCGAAGCGAUCUCCAUCCUGGAGUCCGCCGCUGGUGAGGAGUUGAGCUGUCCUGAUAAUUCCCUUUGCUCCGAUCUAGAUUCCGACGACUCACGGCGGAGCACGGGGGUUAAGAAUAAUCCAUCACGUGCCAACAAAAGAAGAAGAUCGAUGAACACGAGAUUUGUUAGGACGUCGAGGACGACGGAAGACGAGUAUGGUUGGAGAAAGUACGGCCAAAAAGUUAUCCACAACACAACUUAUCCAAGGAGCUAUUAUAGAUGCACUCACAAGUAUGAUCAAGGUUGUCAAGCCACGAAGCAAGUACAGAGAAUGGAAGGUUCUGAUUCAGAAGCAAUGUACAGGAUCACCUACAUAUCUGACCACACAUGUCGCCGCCCUGCCUCUCCGAUCAACGCCUCCGCCAUUGCCACCCCCUCCGAUUCUUCCAACCUCAUAUCUUUCUCCAACGAUUGUAACGCUCCAUUGACCGAGGGUACUGGCUGUAGUUUGAUCUCAUGGCUGAGUGAUCAUGACGAUGCAAUCAAGGUGGGAGAGACAGCCACGACGAGUGGUUCCACAGGUCAUGAGAUUGAUUUGUGGUCGGAUUUGAAGGAGUGGGAGCUUCCAAACAACGGCUAUGACAACCACGACGGCGAAUCCAUACUAUUUCUCAACCGCAGAUGACGAUGCAGAUUCUCUCAUGUUUUGGGAAUUUUGAGGCAUAUGUAUACAAUAGAAUCGAAAUAUAACACCUUAGUAAUGAUGGAAUAUAAUGUUUGAGGUUGAUGAUACCUUAAAUUUGUGUGUAGUAAUAAUUUUCUUUGAAUAUAUUUGUUUAUAAUUUUGAGGUUGUGUCUAGUA